AUGCUCGACGUCGCGUCCAAGUUCUCGCGGAGCGGCGAGUCGCCGCGCGAGUCGCCGCGGUCGUCGCGGCCCCGCUCCGGGUCGCUGUCGACGGUGCAGGCCGACGCCUGGCGGACGCGCGACGAGCGGCUGCGCUGCAUCGCGGCGAGCUGGACGGCGCGCGUCGAGGCCGAGGUCGCGGCGGUCGCGGCGCGCGGCGGCGGCGGCGCGCCGCGCAUCGCGCGCGGCGCGUGGCCCGGCGACUGGCCGAGCCGCGCGGCGCGGCCCGCGGCGGCGGCGGCGUCGCGCGCCGCGGCGGCGGCGGCGCCGCCGGCGCCGUCGCCGCGCGGUCCGCCCGAGGCCCGCGCCGUGCCCAACGGCCGCGCCUGCGGCCUGCGGGACUACUGCGCGUCCGUCGUCGCCGCGGCGCCGCGCGACUACGCGGGCCCGUUCUACGUCGUCGACGUGGGCGCGGCCGAGCGGCUCUACGACGCCUGGGCGGCGGCGCUGCCCCGCGUGCGGCCCCACUACGCCGUCAAGUGCUUCCCCGACGCGGGCCUCUGCCGCGCGCUCGCGGCGAAGGGCUGCGGCUUCGACUGCGCGUCCGAGGCCGAGUGUAGGCUCGUCUUCGCGUGCGGCGCGACGCCGCGCGACGUCGUCUUCGCGAACCCCUGCAAGCGGCCGAGCGACGUGAACUUCCUCGCGGCGAGCGGCGUGCCCUGGACGACCUUCGACUGCUGCGACGAGCUCGCGAAGCUCGCGGGGCUCCUCCCCGGCGCGACGCGGGCCGUGCUCCGGCUCCGCUGCGACGACCCGACGAGCCGCCUACCCUUCGGGCCCAAGUACGGCGCCCUCGAGGACGAGGUGCCCGGCCUCCUCGCCGCGGCGCGCGCGGCGGGCGUGGCCGUCGCGGGCGUGUCGUUCCACGUCGGCAGCGGCGCGCGGUCGCCCGCGGCGUUCGCCGCGGCGAUCGCGGCCGCGCGGCGCGCCUUCGACGCCAACGCCGCGGCGGGCGGGGCUCCCUUCGACGUGCUCGACAUCGGCGGCGGCUUCUGCGGCGGCUUCGACGCGUCGGGGACCGCGGCCGUGUCCGCGUCGGGCGACGCGACCGUCGCGGCCGCGGUCAACGCCGCGCUCGACCUGAGCUUCCCCGCGUCCGACUUCCCGGGCCUCGACGUCAUCGCCGAGCCCGGCCGCUACUUCGCCGAGGCCGCCGCGUCGCUCUGCUGCCGCGUCGUCGGCGAGCGGCACCGGUCGCGCGCGGACGUCGGCGCGCCGCCGGAGCCCGAGGCGCAGUACUGGAUCACCGACGGCGUCUACGGCGCCUUCAACGCCAUCAUCUACGACGGCUGGCUGCCCCACGCCGUCGUCGUCGACGACCCGCGGCGCGCACACGGCGCCGGCGACGCCGGCGGCCGCGGCGCCGGCGCGGCGCUCACGACCGUCUUCGGCCCGACGUGCGACUCGCUCGACGUCGUCUUCUCGCGCGUCCGAAACGCGCCGCCGCUGCGCCGCGACGACUGGCUCCUCUUCCCCUGCUGCGGCGCCUACACGAGCGCGGGCGCGGCCGACUUCAACGGCAUCCCCGCGACGGCGGCCGCGGGCGUCGAGACGAGGUACGUCCGCUCCGACUCCAUGCGCUGCACGGCCGACGACGACGCCCUCGGCCUCCUCUACUCCGACAAGCCGCCCAUGGAGAUCAUACGCUACUGCGACUAA